AUGGGCCCGCCGAGGCCCGCGCUGCUGUCGCCGCCGCCGCUGCUGCUGCUGCUGCUGCUGGCGCUGCUGGCUGCAGGCGUCCCGGCCCAGGACGAAGUGCUGGACAAUGUCAGCCCGAGCUGUCCCAAAGAUGCAACUCGAUUCAAGCACCUCCGGAAAUACGUGUAUAAUUAUGAGGCCGAAAGUUCCAGCGGAGUCCCUGGGACUGCUGAUUCAAGAAGCGCCACCAAGAUCAACUGCAAGGUUGAGCUGGAGGUUCCCCAGCUCUGCAAGUUCAUCCUGAAGACCAGCCAGUGCACCCUGAAGGAGGUGUAUGGCUUCAACCCUGAGGGCAAGGCCUUGCUGAAGAAGACUAAGAACUCAGAGGAGUUUGCUGCUGCCAUGUCCCAGAACGAGCUCAGGCUGGCCACUCCAGCAGGGAAGCAAGUUGUCCUUUACCCAGAGAAGGAUGAACCUAAACACAUCCUGAACAUCAAGAGAGGCAUCAUUUCCACCCUUCUGGUUCCCCUGGAGACAGAAGAGGCCAAGCAAGAGUUGUUUCUGGAUACCGUGUAUGGAAACUGCUCCACUGACUUCAGUGUAAAGACAAGGAAGGGAAACGUGGCAACAGAAGUAUCCACAGAAAGAAACCUGGAGCAGUGCGACAGCUUCAAGCCCAUCAGCACAGGCGUCAGCCCGCUGGCUCUCAUCAAAGGCAUGACCCGCCCCUUGUCAACUCUGAUCAGCAGCAGCCAGUCCUGCCAGUACACCCUGGACUCCAAGAGGAAGCAUGUGUCAGAAGCCAUCUGCAAGGAGCAGCACCUGUUCCUGCCUUUCUCCCAUAAGAAUAAGUACGGGAUGAUGGCACAUGUUACACAGACUUUGAAACUUGAAGACACACCUAAGACCAACAGUCGCUUUUUUGAAGAAGGUGCUGAGGGGGUGGGUCUCGCCUUUGAGAGCACCAGAUCCACAUCACCUCCAAAGCAGGCUGAGGAGGUCCUGAAGACCCUCCAGGAACUGAAAAAGCUGUCCGCCUCUGAGAAGAAUGCCCAGAGAGGUAACCUCUUCAACAAACUGGUUACUGAGUUGAGAGGCCUCAGCAAUGAGGCAGUCACAUCCCUCUUGCCACAGCUGAUCGACGUGUCCAGCCCCAUCACUUUACAAGCCUUGGUACAGUGUGGACAGCCCCAGUGUUACUCUCACAUCUUCCAAUGGCUAAGAAGUACGCAUGCCAGCCCCCUUCUGAUAGAUAUUGUAACCUAUCUGGUGGCCCUGAUGCCAAGGCCCUCAGCACAGACCGUGUGGGAGAUCUUCAACAUGGCAAGGGAUCAGCAGAGCCGGGCCACCCUAUAUGCGCUGAGCCACGUGGUCAACAACUAUCAUAAGACAACCUCUACAGUGACACGGACCAUGCUAGACAUUGAGGAUUACCUGUUGGAACAGAUUCAGAAUGACUGCACUGGGGAUGAAGAUCACACCUACUUGAUUCUGAGGGUCAUAGGAAAUAUGGGCCGAGUCAUGGAACACAUAACUCCAAAACUCCAGCCUGCAGUCCUGAAAUGUAUCACAAGCACAAAGCCAUCACUGCUGAUUCAGAAAGCUGCCAUCCAGGCCCUGCGGAAAAUGGAACUUCGAGAUGAGACCCGGAGGGUGCUUCUUUGGACUGUCCUCGAUAGUGCAUCUCCAGUGGAGAAGCGGCUGGCUGCCUAUCUCAUGCUGAUGAGGGAUCCCUCCCAGACAGAGAUCAACAAUAUUGUCCAACUUCUCCCACGGGAACAGAAUGGUCAAGUGAAGAACUUUGUGGCUUCCCACAUUGCCAAUAUCCUGAACUCAGAAGAAUUGUCUGUCCAGUAUGUGCAAACGUUGGUGAAGGAAGCUCUGAAAGAAUCUCAACUCCCAACUCUCAUGGACUUCAGAAGAUUUUCCCGGAACUAUCACCUUUCCAAAUCUGUUUCUCUUCCAUCGCUCGACACGGUCUCAGCCAAAAUCGAAGGGAAUCUCAUAUUUGAUUCAAAUAAUUACCUUCCUAAAGAAAGCAUGUUGAAAACUACCCUCACUGUCUUUGGACUGGCUCCUGCUGACCUCUUUGAGAUUGGCUUGGAAGGAAAAGGCUUUGAACCAACACUGGAAGCUCUUUUUGGGAAGCAAGGAUUUCUCCCAGACAGUGUCAACAAGGCUUUGUAUUGGGUUGAUGGUCAAGUUCCUGAUCAUGUCUCUAAGGUCUUGAUGGACCACUUUGGCUAUACCAAAGAUGAUAAACGUGAGCAGGACAUGGUAAAUGGGCUUAUGCUCAAUGUUGAGAAGCUGAUUAAAGAUUUGGAAUCCAAAGAAGUCCCAGAAGCCAGAGCCUAUCUCCGCAUCUUGGGAGAGGAGCUGGGCUUUGUUGGGCUCCAAGACGUCCAGCUGCUGGGAAAGCUGCUGCUGAAUGGUGCUCGCAUUCUGCAGGGGAUCCCCCAGAUGAUUGGAGAGGCCAUAAGGAAAGGUUCAAAGAACGACUUGUUUCUUCACUACAUCUUCAUGGACAAUGCCUUUGAGCUCCCCACCGGAGCUGGAUUACAACUGCAAGUGUCUUCAUCUGGACUCAUCACUCCCGGGACCAAGGCUGGAGUGAAACUGGAACUAGCCCACAUGCAGGCUGAACUGGUGGUAAAGCCCUCUGUGUCUGUGGAGUUUGUCACAAACAUGGGCAUCAUCAUUCCAGACUUUGCUAAGAGCGGGGUCCAAAUGAACACCAACUUCUUCCAUGAGUCAGGCCUGGAGGCUCGCGUCGCCCUGAAAGCUGGGCAGCUGAAGCUCAUCGUUCCUUCUCCAAAGAAGCCUGUCAAGCUGUUCAGUGGCAGCAAUACAUUGCAUUUGGUCUCUACCACCAAAACGGAAGUGAUCCCACCUCUAAUCGAGAACAGGAAGUCCUGGUCAACUUGCAAGCCUUUCUUUACUGGACUGAACUACUGCUUCACGGGUGCUUACUCCAAUGCCAGCUCCACAGACUCUGCAUCCUACUAUCCGCUGACCGGGGACACGAGAUUUGAGCUGGAACUGCAGCCUACAGGGGAGAUAGAACAGUAUUCUGCCAGCGCAACCUACGAACUCCAGAGAGAGGACAGAGCCUUGGUGGACACACUGAAGUUUGUAACUCAGGCAGAAGGCGUGAAGCAGACUGAGGCUACUAUGAUGUUCAAAUAUAAUCGGCAGAGCAUGACUUUAUCCAGUGAAGUCCAAAUUCCAAAUUUUGACAUUGACCUUGGGACAGUCCUCAGAGUUAGUGACGAAUCUGCUGAGGACAAAAAGUCUUACAAACUUACCCUGGACAUUCAGAACAAGAAAAUCACUGAGGUCACUUUCCUGGGCCACAUAAGUUGUGACAAGAAGGAAGACAGCACAGUCAAAGGUGUUAUUUCCAUACCCCGUUUGCAAGCAGAAGCCAGAAGUGAGAUCCACACACAGUGGUCCCCCACAAAACUCCUGCUCCAAAUGGACUCAUCUGCGACAGCUUAUGGCUCAACAAUUUCCAAGAGGGUGGCAUGGCGUUAUGAUGAGGAGAAGAUUGAAUUUGAAUGGAACACAGGUACCAAUGUGAACACCAAAAAAGUGGCUUCCAAUUUUCCUGUGGAUCUCUCUGGUUAUCCUAGAAGCUUGCAAGAGUAUGCCAACAGUGUCUUGGAUCACAGAGUUCCCCAAACAGACAUGACUUUCCGGCAUAUGGGUUCCAAAGUCAUAGUUGCAACAAACACAUGGCUUCAGAAGGCAUCCGAGAGUUUCCCUUAUGCCCAGACCUUGCAAGAUCACCUCAGUGGCCUACAGGAGUUGAACCUCCAGAAAAUGGGGUUGCCAGACUUCCACAUCCCAGAAAACCUCUUCUUAAAAAGUGAUGGCCGGGUCAAAUAUACCUUAAACAAGAACAGUGUGAAAAUUGAAAUUCCUUUGCCUUUUGGUGGCAAAUCCUCCAAAGAUCUAAAGAUGUUAGAGACUGUUAGGACACCAGCCCUCAACUUCCCGUCUGUGGGAUUCCGCCUUCCAUCUCAAGAGUUCCAAGUCCCCACUUUUACUGUUCCCAAGUUGUAUCAACUGCAAGUGCCUCUCUUGGGUGUUCUAGACCUCUCCACGAAUGUCUACAGCAACUUGUACAACUGGUCCGCCUCGUACACUGGCGGCAACACCAGCACAGACCACUUCAGCCUUCAGGCUCAGUAUCAUAUGAAGGCUGACUCUGUGGUUGACCUACUCUCCUACAGUGUGCAAGGAUCUGGAGAAACAACAUAUGACCACAGGAAUACACUCACAUUAUCAUGUAAUGGGUCUCUACGCCACAAAUUUCUAAAUUCAAAUAUCAAAUUCAGUCAUGUAGAAAAAGUUGGAAACAGCCCAGCCUCGAAAGGUUCACUAAUAUUCAAUGCAGCUAGUGUCUGGGGAACACAGAUGUCUGCUUCAGUCCAUUUGGACUCAAAAAAGAAACAGCAUUUGUAUGUCAAAGAAGUCAAGAUCGAUGGGCAGUUCAGCGUCUCUUCAUUCUAUGCUAAAGGCACAUAUGGCCUGUCUUAUCAGAAGAAUCCUACCACCGGACAGCUAAGUGGAGAGUCAAACCUGAGGUUUAACUCUUCCUACCUCCAGGGCACCAACCAGAUAGUGGGAAGAUAUGAAGAUGGAACCCUCUCCCUCACCUCUACUUCUGAUCUGCAAGGGGGCCUUAUUAAAAAUAUUGCUUCCCUGAAAUAUGAAAACUAUGAGCUGACUUUGAAAUCUGAUACCAAUGGGAAGCACAAGGACUUUGCCACUUCUAGCAAGGUGGAUCUGACCUUCUCUAAGCAAAAUGCAUUGCUACGUUCUGAGUAUCAGGCUGAUUACAAGUCAUUGAGGUUCUUCACUCUGCUUUCUGGAUCACUAAAUUCCCGUGGUCUUGAAUUAAAUGCUGACAUCCUGGGCACUGACAAAAUUAAUAGUGGUGCUCACAAGGCAACACUAAGGAUUGCCAAAGACGGAAUAUCCACCAGCACAACGACCAAUUUGAAGUAUAGUCCCCUGGUGCUGGAGAAUGAGCUGAAUGGGGAGCUUGGCCUCUCUGGGGCAUCUAUGAAAUUAACAACAAAUGGCCGCUUUGGGGAACACCAUGCAAAAUUCAGUCUAGAUGGGAAAGCUGCCCUCACGGAGGUGUCAUUGGGAAGUGCUUAUCAGGCCAUGAUUUUGGGUGUUGACAGCAAAAACAUUUUCAACUUCAAAAUCAACCAAGAAGGACUUAAACUCUCAAGUGACAUGAUGGGCUCAUAUGCUGAGAUGAAACUAGACUACACAAACAGUCUGAACAUUGCAGGUCUAUCACUGGACUUCUCUUCGAAACUUGACAACGUUUACAGCUCUGACAAGUUUUAUAAGCAAAAUUUUAAUUUACAGCUACAGCCCUAUUCUCUUGUCACUACUUUAAACAAUGACAUGAAAUACAAUGCUCUGGAUCUGACCAACAAUGGGAAAUUACGACUAGAACCCCUGAAGCUGAAUGUGGGGGGUAACCUAAAGGGAGCCUACCAAAAUAAUGAAAUAAAACACAUCUACACCAUUUCUUAUGCUGACUUAUCAGCAAGUUAUAAAGCAGACACUGUAGCUAAGGCUCAGGGUAUGGAGUUUAGCCACCGGCUCAACGCAGACAUUGCUGGACUGGCUUCAGCCGUUGACAUCAGUACAAGCUAUAAUUCAGACUCACUGCACUUCAGCAAUGUUUUCCGCUCUGUAAUGGCCCCAUUUACCAUGACCAUUGAUGCACAUACGAAUGGCAAUGGGAAACUGGUUCUCUGGGGAGAACAUACUGGGCAGCUAUAUAGCAAAUUCCUAUUGAAAGCAGAACCUUUGGCCUUUACUUUCUCUCAUGAUUACAAAGGAUCCACAAGUCACCAUCUCAAGUCCAGGAAAAGCAUCAGCAUGACUCUUGAUCACAAAGCCAGCGCCCUGCUUACUCCGGCUGAGCAGACAGGCACCUGGAAACUUACGACCCAAUUGAACAACAACAAAUACAGCCAAGACUUUGUCGCUUACAACACUAAAGACAAAAUCGGUGUGGAGCUCAGUGGACGAGCCCUGGCUGACCUCACUGUGCUGGACUCCCCAAUUAAAGUGCCAUUUUUACUCCGCGAGCCCAUCAAUGUCAUUGAUACAUUAGAGAUGAGAGAUUCUGUUGAUAAGCCCCAAGAAUUCACAAUGGUUGCUUUUAUAAAGUAUGAUAAGAACCAGGAUAUUCACACCAUCAACCUCCCAUUCUUUCAAACCCUGCCAGAAUAUUUUGAGAGAAAUCGAAGAGUAAUCCUAACUGCGCUGGAAACCAUACAGAGAGUAUUGAAACGCAUCAGUAUUGAUCAGUUUGUGAGGAAAUACAGAGCAGCUCUUGGCAAACUCCCACAGCAAGUUAAUGAUUAUCUUAAUUCAUUUGAUUGGGAGAGGCAAGUUUCAAGUGCCAAGGAGAAACUAAAUGCUUUUACAAAAAAAUAUAGAAUUACAGAAAAUGAUCUACAAAUUUCGUUGGAUAAUGCUAAAAUCAACUUUAAUGAAAAACUAUCUCAACUGCAGACAUAUGUGAUACAAUUUGAUCAGUAUAUUAAAGAUAAUUAUGAUAUACAUGAUUUUAAAACAGCUAUUGCUAAGAUUAUUGAUCAAAUCAUUGAAAAAUUAAAAAUUCUUGAUGAACAUUAUCAUCUUCGUGUAAAUUUAGUAAAAAUAAUUCAUGAUCUGUAUUUGUUUAUGGAGAAAAUUGAUUUUAACAAAAUUGGAAGUAGUGCUGCAUCUUGGAUUCAAAAUGUAGAUACUAACUAUCAAAUCAGAAUCCAGGUACAAGAAAAAUUGCAACAGCUUAAGACACAGAUUCAGAAUAUGGAUAUCCAGCAGCUUGCUGGAAAGUUAAAACAACAGGUUGAAGCUAUUGAUGUCAGAGUGCUUUUAGAUCAAUUGAGAGCUGCAAUUCCAUUUCAAAUAAUAGAGAAAAUUAUUGAGCAUAUCAAGUACUUUGUUAUAAAUCUGAUUGACGAUUUUGAAGUAACAGAGAAAAUCAAUGCUUUUAGAGCCAUAGUUCAUAAGUUAAUUAAGGUAUAUAAAGUAGACCAACAAAUCCAGAUUUUAAUGGAGAAAUCAGUAGAGUUGGCCCACCAAUACAAGAUGAAGGAGACUAUUCAGAAGCUAAGCAAUGUCCUACAAAGAGUUGAGAUAAAAGAUUACUUUAAGAAAUUGGUUGGGUUUAUUGAUGAUACUGUCAAGCAGCUUGAAGCACUGUCUUUUAAAAAAUUCAUUGAAGAAGUAAAUAGAUUCCUAGACAUGUUGGUAAAGAAAUUAAAGUCAUUUGAUUACCACCAGUUUGUACAUGAAACCAAUAGCAAAAUCCGUGAGGUGACUCAGAGAAUCAAUGGUAAACUACAGGCUCUGGAACUACCACAGAAAGUUGAAGCCCUAAAACUAUUCAUAGAGGAUGUCAAGGCCAUAGUCUCAGCCUGUCUGGAAAGCCUAAAUGACACCAAAAUAACAUUAAUCAUAGAUUGGCUACAGGAUGAUUUAAGUUCAGAAUCUUUGAUUCACAUGAAAGCCAAAUUCCGAGAGACCCUAGAAGAUAUACGAGACCGAAUAUACCAAAUGGAUAUUCAGCAGGAACUUGAACGAUGCCUGUCCCUGUUGGGCCAGGUUUACAGCACACUUGUCACCUACAUUUCUGACUGGUGGAGUCUUGCUGCCAAGAACCUUACUGACUUUGCAGAGCAGUACUCUAUCCCAGACUGGGCUGAAAAGAUGAAAGCAUUAGUAGAACAAGGGUUCAUUGUUCCUGAAAUCCAGACAAUCCUCGGGACCAUGCCUGCCUUUGAAGUCAGUCUUCGUGCCCUUCAGGAGGCUUCCUUCCAGACUCCUGACUUCAUAGUCCCCCUGACAGACUUGAGGAUUCCAUCAACUCAGAUAAACUUUAAAGAGUUGAAGGAUAUAAAAAUCCCAUCCAGGUUUUCCACGCCAGAAUUCACUGUCCUCCACACCUUCCACAUUCCUUCCUUUACAAUUGACUUAAUAGAAAUAAAAGUAAAAAUCAUCAGAACCAUUGACCAAAUGUUGCACAGCAAGCUGCAGUGGCCAGUUCCAGAAGUGUAUAUGAGGGAUCUGAAGAUAGAGGACAUCCUUCUUGCUAGAAUCACUCUGCCAAACUUCCAUUUACCAGAAAUCACAAUUCCAGAAUUUGUAAUUCCAAAUCUCAACCUUCAAGAUUUUCAAGUUCCUGACCUUCACAUACCAGAAUUCCAGCUUCCCCACAUCUCACACACAAUCGAAGUACCAACUUUUGGCAAGCUGUAUAGUGUUUUGAAAGUCCAGUCUCCCUUCUUCACUUUAGAUGCAAAUGCUGCUAUACAGAAUGCAACCGUGAGCAAAGCAGAGAUGGCAGCUUCCGUUCCUGCCAAAGGAGAGUCCAAGUUAGAAGUUCUCAAUUUUGGUUUUCAAGAAAAUGUACAACUUUCAGACCCUAAGAUUAAUCCACUGAUUCUGAAGGAAUCUGUGAAGUUCUCCAACAAAUACCUGAGAACAGAGCAUGAAAGUGAAAUGCUAUUUUUUGGAAAUGCUAUUGAGGGAAAAUCAGAUACAGUGGCAAGUAUACACACAGAAAAAAAUACACUGGAGCUUAGUAAUGGUGUGAUUGUCAAGAUGAACAAUCAACUUACCCUGGACAGCAACACAAAGUACUUUCACAAAUUGAACAUCCCCAAAUUGGACUUCUCUAGUCAGGCUGACCUGCGCAAUGAAAUGAAGACACUGUUGGAAGUUGGCCACAUAGCAUGGACUUCUUCUGGAACGGGGUCAUGGAAAUGGGCUUGCCCCAAAUUCUCAGAUGAGGGAACACAUGAAUCACAAAUUAGCUUCACUGUGGAAGGACCCAUCACUUCCGCUGGAUUAUCUAAUAAGAUCAAUAGCAAACACCUAAGAGUAAACCAAAACUUGGUUUAUAAAUCUGGCUUUCCCAACUUUUCUAAAUUUGAAAUUCAGUCACAAGUUGAAUCCCAGCAUGUGGGUCGCAGCGUUCUAACUGCUAUAGGCACAGCACUGCCUGGAGAAGGGAAGGUGGAGAUAACGGGCAACCACAGUGCUCAUUUAAAUGGAAAAGUUAUUGGAACUUUGAAAAAUUCUCUUUUCUUUUCAGCACAGCCAUUUGAGAUUACUGCAUCCACAAAUAAUGAAGGAAAUUUGAAAGUUAGUUUUCCAUUAAAAUUGACAGGGAAGAUAGACUUCCUGAAUAACUAUGCACUGCUUCUGAGGCCUAGUGCCCAGCAAGCAAGUUGGCAAGCAGGUGCUAGGUUCAACCAGUACAAGUACAAUCAACAUUUCUCUGCUGGAAACAGUGAGAACAGCAUCGAGGCUCAUGUAGGAAUAAAUGGAGAAGCCAACCUGGAUUUCUUAAACAUUCCUUUAACAAUUCCUGAAAUGACCCUACCUUACACAACACUCACAACUCCCCCACUGAAAGAUUUCUCCUUAUGGGAAAAAACAGGCUUAAAGGAAUUUCUGAAAACAACAAAGCAAUCAUUUGAUUUGAGCAUAAAGGCUCAGUAUAAGAAAAACAAAGACAAGCAUUCCAUCGCAAUUCCUUUGGGUGUGUUUUAUAAGUUUAUCAGUCAGAACAUCAAUUCCUUUAAUAGGCAUUUGGAGAAAGUCAGAGACAAUGCAUUAGAUUUUCUCCCCAGUUCCUAUAAUGAAACAAAAAUUAAGUUUGAUACAUACAGAGCUGAAAAAUCCCUCAACAAGUUCCCAAGGACCUUUCAAAUUCCUGGAUACACUAUUCCAGUCGUCAACAUUGAAGUGUCUCCAUUCACUAUAGAGAUGUCAACAUUCGGCCAUGUGAUCCCAGAAGCGAUCAGCACUCCUAAUGUCACCAUCCUGGGUUCUGGUUCCUAUGUGCCUUCAUACACAUUAGUCCUGCCAUCCCUAGAGCUGCCGACCCUUCAUGUCCCUUGGAAUCUUCACAAGCUUUCUCUUCCAGAUUUCAAGGAAUUGAGUGCUGUAAACAAUAUUUUUAUUCCAGCCAUGGGCAAUAUUACCUAUGAUUUUUCUUUUAAAUCAAGUGUCAUCACACUGAACACCAAUGCUGGACUUUAUAACCAAUCAGAUAUUGUUGCUCAUUUUCUUUCUUCUUCCUCAUCCACCGUUGAUGCGCUGCAGUACAAGUUAGAGGGCACCUCAAGUUUGACGAGGAAGAGAGGGUUGAAGUUAGCCACAGCUCUGUCUCUGAGUAAUGAAUUGGUGGAAGGCAGUCAUGAUAGUACCAUUAGCUUAACCAAGAAAAACAUGGAAGCAUCCAUGACAACAACUGCAAAAGUCCAAAUUCCAAUUCUGAGGAUGAGCUUCAAGCAAGAACUUAGUGGAAAUACCAAGUCAAAACCUACUGUCUCUUCAUCUGUUCAGUUAAAGUAUGACUUCAAUUCCACAGCGCUGUACUCCACUGCAAAAGGGGCAGUUGACCACAAGUUCAGUUUAGAAAGCCUCACCUCUUACUUUUCCAUCGAGUCAUCUACAAAAGGCGGUAUCAAGGGUUCAGUCCUUUCACAGGGAUAUUCAGGAACAAUUACCAGUGAGGCCAACACUUAUUUGAAUUCCAAGGGCACUCGGUCUUCAGUGAAGCUGCAAGGGGCUUCCAAAGUUGAUCAUAUAUGGAACCUUGAGGUAACAGAAAAUUUUGCUGGAGAAGCCACUCUCCGACGCAUAUAUGCUGUCUGGGAACACAAUACGAAAAACAGCUUUCAGCUGCAGGAUCUCUUUUCCACACGUGGAGAACAUACAAGCAGAGCCACCCUGGAACUCUCCCCGUGGAAGAUGUCAGCCCUCGUUCAGGUCCAUGCCAGUCAACCCCAAUCCCCUCUUGGUAUCUCUUACCUUGGCCAGGAAGUGGCCCUGAAUGCUAACACUAAAAACCAAAAGGUCAGCUGGAAAAGUGAGGUCCAGGUUAAUUCUGGGUCUCUCCAGAACAAUGUGCAGCUUUCCAAUGACCAAGAAGAGGCACGCCUUGACAUUGCAGGAUCCUUAGAAGGAAACCUAAGUUUCCUCAGUUAUAAUGUCCUACCAGUUUAUGACAAGAGCUUAUGGGACCUCCUAAAGCUGGAUGUAACCACCAUCCCUGGCAGGAGACAGUAUCUUAAUGCUUCAACUGCCCUUGUGUACACCAAAAACCCCAAUGGCUAUCUUUUCUCUCUUCCUGUGCAAGAAUUGUCUGAUAAAUUCAUUAUCCCUGGGCUAAAACUGAGUGAUCCAAAUGAAAUAAAAAUUUAUAAGAAGCUAAGUACUUCACCAUUUGCCCUCAACCUACUAACACUACCCAAAGUAAAAUUCCCUGAAGUUGAUGUGUUAACAAAAUAUUCUGAACCAGAAGACUCCUCGGUUCCCUUUUUUGAGAUAACUGUGCCUGAAUCUCAGUUAAGCGUGUACCAGUUCGCCCUUCCAAAAAGUAUUUCAGUUGGCAGUGCUGCCUUGGAUCUAAAUGAGAUGGCCAACAAGAUUGCAGACUUUGAGUUGCCUACCGUCAUCAUACCAGAGCAGACUAUUGAGAUUCCUUCCAUUCAAUUCUCUGUACCUGCUGGAAUUUUCAUUCCUUCCUUUGGAGCACUGACUGUACGUUUUGGGGUGGCCUCUCCCCUGUAUAAUGCCUCUUGGAGUGCUGGUUUGAAAAACAAAGCAGAUCAUGUUGAAACAUUCCUGGAUUCCACAUGCAGCUCAACCAUCCAAUUCCUGGAAUAUGACCUAAAUGUUGUGGGAACACACAAAAUUGAAGAUGGCACAUUAGUCUGUAAGACCAAAGGGACACUUGCUCACCGUGACUUCAGUGCAGAAUAUGAAGAAGACGUCAAAUAUAAAGGGCUUAAUUACGGGGAAAUGAAGGCUCUUCUCGAUGUCACCAGCCCAGUGUUCACUAAUCUCCGUCUGAACCACCAACAUGACGAGCACAGCCUCUCCUCCUCGGUAGCCUCCCCAGCCAUAGGCACUGUGGGCGUGGACUUGGAAGAAAAGAACGAUAUUUUAAAAUGCAGCUUUUACUACCGCCCUCAGUCUUCUCCAGAUAAAAAACUCAACAUAUUCAAAACCGAGUUGAGAUACCAGGAGUCUGAUGAAGAUUUUCAGAUCAAAGUUAAUUGGGAAGAAGAGGCCGCUUCCGAAUUGCUAAGGUCUCUGAAAGACAACGUGCCUAAGGCCACGGGGACCCUUUAUGACUAUGUCAACAAGUACCACAAGGAGCACACAGGACUCAGCCUGAGAGAUGCUUCCUCAAAACUAAGAAGAAGUCUGCAGAACGGUGCUGAGACAGUCUAUCAAGGGGCCAUAAGGCAAAUUGAUGAGAUGGACAUGGGGUUCCAGAGAGCAACCACUAGUACCACUAGAACCUACCAAGAGUGGAAGGAUAAGACCCAGAAUCUGUACCAGGAACUGUUGGCCGACGAGGGCCAAACCAGUCUCCAGAGACUCAAGGACAGGGUGUAUGACAGCUUUCUACAAGUUACACGGGAGUACCAUAUGACAAUCAAGAGUCUGAUUGACUCAUUCAUUGAUUUCCUGAAGUUCACCAGAUUUCAGUUCCCAGGGAAAGCUGGGACAUACACUCAAGAUGAAUUCUGCACUAUGGUCUUGAGGGAAGCAGGGAAUGUACUGUCUCAGGCAUAUUCAAAUAUCCAUAAUGGGUUAGAAAUAAUGCUUUCCUAUUUCCAAGAGUUAGUGGAAAAAUCUGAAUUAAUCAAGGACCUAAAUAUUACAUUUCCUUUUGAUUCAAGGAAUCAUAAACUAGCAGAUGUAAUCCUGGCAUCUAGGGAACAGUUGAAAUUUUUAUCACAGGAUAUCCAAAAGGCAUUUAAGGACCUCCAGUCUGUCAAUAUUACAGAGAUGCUAAAUGAUCUUCAGAGAUUUUUAGAAGGAGUUUUCCAAGAGAUAGAAGGAGAAAUUAUACAUUUAAAGGAGAAGAAACUUACUUCUCUCAUUAAUGAUAUCCAACAUGAGCUCAACACAAUCUUCAGUGAACAUAUUUUAUAUGUUUUUAGGUUCUUGAAAAAAAACCUAUGCCUUAGCCUUGGUAAAUUCAAUGGAUUUGUUCAGAACAAACUUCAGGAAGCUUCUCAAGAGUUACAGAAGAUUCAUCAGUACAUAAAGGCUCUUCGUGAAGAAUAUUUUGACCCAAGUGUAGUUGGCUGGACGGUAAAAUAUUAUGAACUUGAAGAAAAAAUUGUCAACCUGAUCAAGAACCUAGUAGUUGCCCUUAAGGACUUACAUUCCAAAUACACCAUCAGAGCUGCUGACCUUACUUCCCAACUUUCAUGUCAAAUAGAGCAAUUUGUGCACAGAGAUUUUCAGAAAUAUCUUAGCAUCCUUACUGAUGAAGAUGGAAAAGGGAAAGAGAAGAUUACAGAACUUUUUACCAUGGCUCAGGAAAUAAUUAAAAGCUGGGCUAUUAGAAUGAAGGAAAUCAUUUCUGAUUACCACCAGCAGUUCAGGUAUAAACUGCAAGAUUUUCCAGACCAACUCUCUGAUUACUAUGAAAAAUUCAUUGCUGAGUCCAAAAGAUUGAUUGACCUGUCCUUUCAAAACUGCCACAUGUUUCUGAGAUAUGUCAUUGAGUUACUGGAAAAGCUGCAAUCAGACACAAUCAUAAGCCACUACAUAAAGCUUGCUCCAGGAGAACUUACUGUCACCUUCUAA